CGAGUAACGGGUUCAGUUGUCGGACGUCGCUUGCCUGCGGAAGGUUGUUGCAUGUUGUUUCCGUUUGAGGCAUUUGUGUUAUUGAGAAGGGAAACAGAGCUAAUCGUAAAAUUAAUUUGAAUCAAGCCAUGAUUUAAUAAUGACAGUAUCAGUUUUUCUUUGUGAGCUGCAAGGUCGUGUGACAGUUUGUUUUGAAGGCGGUUUUAACAUUGCGAUGUAGUGAGUCAACAGGACAGCCCUAACUUUCGUUUGUUUUUUGUUACCAAUGAAUGAAAUGGCUCCCUGAAGUUUGAAUAUCUGUAACUGAAGUUCGUUCAAGACAUCUAGAAGUUCAGGAGAGGAUGAAUUUUGUUACGGCAAGCCUGUUUGAAGGAGGAGUGUUCCAGCGUCCUUUCAACUGGCUCCUCGCUGUCUUCCACUGGUUCUGCCUUGUGAUAGCUCUCGCGGGGGAUCCUCAAACUCCAGAUGACAUCCCUCUGCGCAAUCUGUCCUCACUGCUUCAUCCAGACACCAACACGUACCUUCACGACACCCUCAGCUACUGGCCCUUUAAUGAGACGUACCAUCUUUCUAAAUUCGAAGAUUUCGACCACACACAUUUUGAUGAUUCACAUGAGCUGGGGGAGAGAAGCACAGAACGGUACCCUGGAUCGAAAAACCUUGGUCAUCCGAAUUUUGGGAAGUCGAGAGGAGACGGAAAUGAUCCUGUCUUCGAUAACAACCUGGUCACAAACGUGACGGCGCAGCUCGGAGGAACGGCGUUCCUGCACUGCCGCGUGAGGAACCUGGGAGAGCGACCCGUAUCCUGGAUAAGGCGUCGGGACUGGCAUAUCCUCACGUCGGGCCUCUUCACUUACACUAACGACGAGAGGUUCCAAGUUGUUCACACAGAGGGAGGAGACGACUGGAACUUACAGAUCAAAUACGUACAAAAACGCGACAACGGCACGUACGAGUGCCAGGUAGCCACUGGUGCUGGCACAAUAUCGCACUAUUUCAAUCUGCACGUCGUGGUUCCCUCUGCGUUCAUCCUCGGCAGCGGGGAAUAUCACAUCGGAGAGGGCAGCACCAUCAGCCUUGUCUGUAUAAUUGAGAAUAGCCCGUCCCCGCCUCAGUACGUGUUCUGGUACCACAACGAGCGAAUGAUCAACUACGACACAUCUCGAGGCGGCGUCACAGUCAGCACCGAGCCUGGUCCUAAGACCCACAGUCGCCUCAUAAUCAACCGCGCCACACACGGCGAUUCUGGCAACUACACUUGCCGAGCGUCCAAUACAGAGGCUGAUACCAUUUACGUUUACGUAUCCAAAGGAGACAACACGGCCGCGAUACAGCGCCAAGCGUCGUCUGAGUCUACGCGCUGGGCGUACUUUCUGCCCUCUUUCCUCCUGCCUGGCGUUUGCCUGUGGGUCAGUAGGUGAGGCUUCCAGCAUGGUUGCUGACUAAAGGACUGAGGUCGCGUGCCCCUACGACCCAUCACAGUGACGUCAAUAUGCUACGUGUGCUGGCUUCUGGAAGCUUCUCAGCCAGACUGCAGACACCGAGGGACCGUGAGCUAUGGACACUGCAGGCAGAAAGAUCUUGACUGUCGGCGAUUGUUCUGGAAAUGAAUGUAGUGUCUCGCCAUCUUCCCGUACUCUCUUCCAUGCGCUCUUAAAUUCGGUUGAGUGUCAAUUCCGAGUGUGUUGUGCAGUGAAGUAUCCGUCUCAUACGAAGCCAGUGAACAGGAGACAAACGCCGUGAGCUAUACGACUACGGGCUCUCUGAGACGAGGAGGACUGAUAGAGAACAGUUAUUUAAUGUUUUAUUAUUUAAGUUGUUUCAUGUGCAGUAAACAGCAAACCAUUAUCAAUUGUCAGAGGUGAAAUAAAUACAUCUGUUGUUAUGAAGAAUCCACGUGGAAUCAGUGAAAAUUGUUACAAUAUAAACAGUCGUAUGUAUGCAAAUCAGUAUUUCCUUCCGUCCGUCAGGCCUUGUUUCUUGAAAAUAGGGCGUCGUAGAUAAAUAUGUUCAUCCUCGACACAAAAUAUCGGGGUGAGGAUCAUUUUUAUUUGGAAAAUUAGGCAGAGAUGCGGUAGAAACUGACACAUCUGGGGCAGUAGAAUGAUGACAGAACAAAAAGAUUUUCCUGUAGUAGACAGCCUCGGAAAGGUUUUAUCCCCGGCUCCUCAAACAUGUAAUUGUUUUCGACUCUCUGCCGAUGUCUUUUGUAAGCCUUAUGGUCCCCGUUACUAUAUGCUCUCAGUGCUGGGGCGUCCAUGAUAGAGGAGGCAUACCGGUGUUCAUUUACGUAGCUUCCAGCUUGAGUUCAUCGUACACGAGGACUUUCUUGUAACCCGGUAAUUGAUUUUCUGAUUAAUUGGAUUCUGUGAUAAUGGACACGUGAACUCUGCACGUUAUCUCGUGAACAUGGAUCAUUAUAUAACCAAAACAAACGUAGCAGUAAUAUAAAAGGAUAGGAAAUCGCAUAAAAUAUAAUAAGUUACAUUAAACAUUAUUUAAUACGUAAGAAAGCAACGCUCUUCGUAACUACAGAAUAUAUGCUAAUGAUGUGAUGAUGACAAAAUAUAUGUCGAAACAUGUAGCUGUGAGACAUUGUUUUAUCUUUAAAUAUUGUGUAGAGAGGAAAUGAUUUUACAACGGAAUAAAAUCUCUUACUUUUU